CAACAGUAUGGAAAUAACAGCCUUUAUUUUGAAGUUGGCCGGAAGUCGUCUUCCUCCGCCGCCUGGCCCCAUGCUUGACGCUCUCCCCGGUCGGUCAGCUGACCGUUGGCCGGUCUGCUGACUGUCAAACCCCCUGAUGCUCAAACCGUGACCCGGACACCAGCGUCCCCAGGCCGAGCCCGGUUUCUGUGUCCGCGUUACCGGAGCCUCUGCCCCGGAUCGGUCCCUGACGUCCCACGCUGUCCGCCGGAGGCCUCACCGGAGCCGAGCUCGUCGCACACAGUCGGACCGAGUCGUUCCGCUCCGAGGCCGGUGAGCUGGUCGCCCGUGUGACUCCCAGCCGGCCCCCGCCCCGGAGCCCCCGCCCGGCAGCCCCCCGCCGGCCGCCAUGGCCCUGCUGGACCUCGCCAUGCAGGGACUCGCCGUGUUCGGCUUCAUCUUGUUCUUCGUGCUGUGGCUCAUGCACUUCAUGUCCAUCAUCUACGUGCGUCUCCACCUCCACAAGAAGAGAUCAGAGGUCAAACAGUCGUUUGUGCAGAUGGCAGCAGUUUCUCUUCUGAAGCCCCUGAAGGGCGUCGACCCCAACCUGAUCUCCAACCUGGAGACCUUCUUCACGCUGGACUACCCCAAGUACGAGAUCUUGCUGUGUGUCCAGGAUCAGGACGAUCCAGCUGUCGACGUCUGUAAGAAACUUUUGGGGAAAUAUCCAAACGUCGACGCUCGACUGUUCAUCGGGGGGAAGAAAGUAGGAAUCAACCCCAAGAUCAACAACCUGAUGCCGGGUUACGAAGGAGCCAAGUACGGUCUUGUGUGGAUCUGUGACAGCGGCAUCAGAGUGAAACCCGACACCCUGACAGAUCUGACUAAUCAGAUGACAGAGAAGGUGGGAUUGGUGCACGGGUUGCCGUAUGUUGCAGACCGCCAAGGCUUCGCCGCGACACUGGAGCAGGUGUAUUUCGGGACAUCCCACCCGCGGUCAUACAUCUCGGCCAAUGUGACGGGGAUUAAGUGUGUGACCGGGAUGUCGUGUCUGAUGAGGAAGGACGUGUUGGAUCAGGCCGGCGGAUUGGUCGCCUUCGCCCAGUACAUCGCUGAGGAUUACUUCAUGGCUAAAGCCAUAGCGGACAGAGGGUGGAAGUUCUCCAUGGCAACGCAGGUGGCACUGCAGAACUCUGGGUCUUAUUCCAUCGGACAGUUUCAGUCCCGCAUGAUCAGGUGGACGAAGCUGCGGAUCAACAUGUUGCCGGGCACGGUGCUGGAGCCAGUGUCCGAGUGUUUCCUGGCGAGCCUCAUCAUUGGCUGGGCUGCUCAUUACGUGUUCAGGUGGGACAUGAUGGUCUUCUUCAUGUGUCACUGUCUCGCCUGGUUCGUAUCCGACUACGUUCAGCUCACUGGAGUUCAGGACGGCCCCCUCUGCUUCUCGAAGCUCGACUUCGCCGUCGCCUGGUUCAUCAGAGAAUCGAUGGCUGUGCAGAUCUUCCUGUCGGCGCUGUGGGACCCAACCAUCAGCUGGAGAACCGGUCGUUACCGGCUCCGCUGUGGCGGCACCGCCGAGGAGAUCCUUGACGUGUAGUCGCCAUGGCAACAGGCUGUACCUUCGACCGCCACCUCCUCUAAGAGACUGAUGUUCGUUUUUGUUUUUUUAUGGAAAAACUUUACUGUGUGUGUGAGUGAGUGAGUGCGUGCGUGCGUGCGUGUGCGUGUUUUUAACUAUUUAUGUUUCUUUUGGUGCUAAACUAACUGAAGCCAGAACGAGCCAAUGAGAGCACAGGAAGGAAGAAAAACAAUACAAAAAAAGAAUAAGCAGUAAAAUAGGAGGAGUGAGGCAUCGCACUGAGUCGUCUGAUCUUUGAUUGGUGUCGACCGAUAAGUGAAGAGAAACAAAAUCGGCCAAUGAGGAAAGAGCGGUGAAGAUCCUCUCCUCUCAUUGGUCCACGUUUGAUUUUUCUUUUUGCUUCGACUUUUCAUGUUUCAUGAAGUUUGUGACGUUUUUUUUUUAUGGCAGCAAAAAUAAAUGUUGAGAAAUAAAAUCACGACUGAAACAAGUGAAAGUAUUAAAAUAAAGUCGUGACAGUCAGAACUAAAAAACAAAUCAACGUUUUCUCGUCCCGUCCGAUUUUCAUUUUCAUGAAUCUGCGUUUGGACGAUAAGUUGGUGAAAGAUUUUCUCUCAUCGUGUUUCUUGUUCUGCGUCAGAGUGAAACAAGUCAACGUGAGAAUCUGAUCAACUGUCGAGUUUGUUUCAAAACACUCAAGAUGAGAAGAAUCAUCACACGAGUUUUCGACCAUGAAGUGAUUCUGUUUAUUAUCAUUAGAGAAAUAUGAUUAUGGAUUCUUCAUUUUGUAAAUACAAAAUCAGAAUCUCAUUGUAAAAGAAAUGAAAAGGAUUUCUUGAUUAUGAAAUAUAAUAAUCGGGAGACAAAGUGUCUCGUGUUCUUUCUCUUUUCUGGAUGAAUUUCUGUCGCACGUGAAGAAACAUUUUACAAAUCGUCUCAGAAAAACCAUGAGGAAGAAAAAGACGUUAAACUCUGAUGACUGUGUCCCGUCAUUUCACGGUCGUCACGUUUCACUUCACAAAAAAACCUAAAUAUUAAAGUCACAUUUCUUAACGUUUAGUUACAGUCGGACACUGAGCGGCAGACGCAGCUUUUCUCUGCGAACGCUGCUUUUCUCUGCUGUUAGCAUUAGCGUAGCCGCGGGUGGUUUGGUUGAUGACAUCAGCGCUGAGUCGGACGAACCCCUGACCAAUCACACGCAUCGGUAGAACUCUUUUUGUUGUUUAUAUUUUUUAUUCAAAUCACCUGCUGAUGGAAACUGCUGCAGAUUGUGUCAAUGAAGGAACAAUAAAGUUUUAUCCUUUCAAUGA